AUGGAUAUUAAUUACUAUUUCAAUCAAUGACAUUUUUUUAAGGAAAGCAUAAGGUUUUACAUGUAUUCCAGACAAGAAUUGGAGGGGAUUGGAAUGGUUUUCAGUAGAAUCAUUUGAGGGAGACUAGUAUAAAAUGUGCCAACAGUGGAAUAGUUCUUCACAAUAGUCUUCAGGCUUUUAAGUAGAUAACAGCUUACAGCAGUCAAAGAGGCUACUUCAAGAGUCACCAUGUACAGUCUUUCAGCUAUUUCAUUUGUUGUGGCCGCAGCUAUGCUAUGCAUGCUGAACAGUGGGGUCCGAGCUGAGGAGACCGGGCUGGAGAUAGAGACACCAGUUCACCACAGACAAGAGCGCAGUCUGCUGAACGGUCUGCUCUGCGACGUGUCACGGUUGUGUCUGAACCUCGACGUGAAGGCCAACGUGAACCUGUGCUGCAAAUGCAAUAGCAAGGGCACCUACAUCAAGCUCAAGAACGAGUGCCACCGCAAGGUCGCCUCCUGUCUGCUAUCCAGUCUUUCCAGCACUCUCAGCGGGCUCACCUCCGAUUUGCCAGUGGUCGACGCUAAGCUAUGUGCUAAUUUAUAAUCCAAGCGAGCGAAAGAAAAAAUCACCCAAACAAUUUUCUCAUAUUUAACGUUUUUUACACAGAAAAAAUACUAUAACUUGUCUUUGUUUCAUGAAGGCUCUUUUAACUAUACAUUUGUGUUAUGAAUUGCUGAGAUGGAGGAAUAAAGCUUGCAAAAGUUGAAAA